AGGUACUACAAUUUUCCGAGUGCGUGUGUUAUUACUUCUCAUGAUUCUAUAGUAGUACUGCAUCAGUCACGCAACAACAAUCAGCACUGUGAAUCUUUAUUUUUUCAAUUUUAUCAGAGAUUAUCAGAUACAAUGGAUCUAGCAUGGAUUAUUUUAUCAAUAUUAAUAUUCUUUUUAUUCAUGCUUACCGUGUUACAUAUUUAUAUACAUAAAAGCCAAAAAGGAUAUUUUUGUGACAAAAUUCCAGGACCUAGAGGGUACCCAAUUAUUGGUAACGUUUUAGACUUGGCAGUCUCUCCCGAAAAUUUUUGGAAAUUUCACCGUCGUUUUGCCAAAGAAUUUUAUCCAAUUUACAAGUAUUGGAUAGGAACAUGGCCAAUUGUUAAUAUCUACCACCCUGAUGAUUUAAAAGUAAUAUUUAGCAAUUCUAAAAAUUCAGAAAAAAGUGAAUUCUACGAUUUUCUUCGACCAUGGUUACAAAACGGACUUGUUACGAGUGGAGGAGAAAAAUGGAAAGCUAGAAGACGGAUUUUAACUCCAGCAUUUCAUUUACGAAAUUUUGAUGAGUACAUAGAAUCCAUAGUCGAUCAUACAGGACGACUAGUUAAAAAACUAAAAACUGAAUCAACGUCGAAUGGAGUUGUCAAAGAACUUUUACCGCUGCUUUCGACUCACACUCUUAACAUAAUAUGUGAGUCAGCGAUGGGAGCUACGACUAAAGACCACGAUCCUGAUAGAGAUAAUUAUAAAAAAGCGGUUCAAGAAAUUGGAGAAAUUAUUUAUUAUAGAAGUUUCAGACCAUGGUUGAUGAAUGAGUGGAUUUUCGGAUUAACAUCAAAAGGUCAAGAACAUGCUAAGGCGUUAAAAGUUCUUCAUAAAUUUUCUAAUAAGAUAAUCAAAGAACGUAAGCAAUAUCACGAAAAAACGGAAGGAAAAUAUUUGAAUGAUUUUGAGCAGACUGAAAAUAAUUCAACCAUAUUACAAACAGAUGCUAAAAUAAAACGGAAAAGACUUGCUUUCCUUGACCUUUUGAUCGCUGCCUCGAGACAAGGACUUGGAGUUGAUGAUCAAGGCAUGAGAGAAGAAGUUGAUACGUUUGUUUUUGCGGGUCACGAUACUACGGCUAUGGGUUUAUUGUUUACCAUUUUACUUCUGGCAGAGCAUAAGGAUAUACAGGCAAAAGCAAGAGCAGAAGUUGAUAAAGUAUUGAAUGAAAGCAAGGGUAAAUUAACAGUCAAUGAGGUCCAAAGUUUCACAUACUUAGAAUGUUGUAUUAAAGAGUCUUUGAGACUUUAUCCGAGUGUACCAGUAAUUUCUAAGACAACACAAGAAGACACGCACUUCAAAAGCUAUUUUGUUCCAAAAAAUACUACUUUACUUAUUUAUCCCAUUGAUACUCACCGUGAUCCCAACUUUUGGCCAAACCCUGAUGUUUAUGAUCCCGACAGAUUCUUACCAUCAGAACAGUCGGAAAAAAGGCAUCCUUUUUCGUACAUUCCAUUCAGUGCUGGCCCACGCAAUUGCAUAGGACAAAGGUUUGCAAUGCUUGAGUUAAAAACUCUAAUUGCUGGACUGUUACAUAAUUUUUAUCUGGAACCUCAAGACAGAGCUGCAGAUGUGACGAUUAUUCCCGAUCUUGUUAUUAGACCCGCUCAUCCAGUUUAUGUCAAAUUUGUACCUAUAAUUGAAAUAACAAGAUUAUAAAAAGCUAUUUGUUGAAAUUAGUUUAGACUCAAGUAUUAUUUUAAUUAGUGUAAAAUUUAUUGAUAAAAAUGACAAUUACAUUUUUUAUGUUAA